CUGGCUGGUAACUAAGGGAGCCGCGUUGGCGCCAUAGUAUCGCGGGCCGCUGCUCGCACCAUGAAGCCGAGCAAGGGGAAAACCAAAGAAGAUACCUGGAAAACAGAGGAAUUGCUCAAGUAUAUUAAAGCUGCCCAAGGAGAUCAUCCGGAUGAUAGUGAUAAAAAGAACGCUGCAAAGAAAAGACAUAAGGAGGAUGAGCUUGAAGAGCGACGACAUAGGGAUAGGGACCGAGAUAGGCAAAAGGACCGAAAUGAUGAUAAAGUGAGGAGCAAAGAAAAGGAGAGUGAUGGAGACCGACAUAAAGACCUGGAACGUGAAAAAGUACACAAAAAAGUUAAAGAUGAAGAAAGAGAUAAAGACAGAGGAAAGAAAAAAGAAAGGGAAAGUGAGAAACGUAAAGAUGGGGACAGGGACAAUUAUCAAGGAGGAGACAAAAAUUCAGGACGCAGAGUUCGUGAUGAGGAUAAAGAACGGGAUCUUAAUAUAGAGAGAUCUACAAAGCGAGAAUAUGAAUCUGAGAGGCACAGAGAUAAAGAAAGAGAUAGGAAAAAAGAACAAGGCAAACACCGGGAAAUUGGGAGAGAAAAUGAUGGAAAUGGUGACCAGCAAUCUAAACAUCGGCAGAAGAAGGAUAAAGGGAAUUUGGAAUUGUCAAAAGAUGACAGAUACGAAGAAAAAGAAAGAAGACACCGAGAGCAAAAAGAAAAGGAAAGGAGAAAUGCUGAAAGUAAUGAAGAAAGCAAAGAGAAGAAAAGAAGAUCUUCUGAUUUUAGAGAUGGUGAUUAUGAAUGGCGACACAGGGAGCAUAAAGAUCAUGGACAUCGUGAUGGACAUCGGGAAAAGAGACGAAAGGACAGGGAAGAGCCCGGUUUGGAGGCCAGGGCUGAAGAAAUGGAAAGGAAACACAGAGAGAGAAAAGUCAAAGAAUCCAAAGAAGAUAAGAGAAAGCAUCAAUACAAAGAUACUAAGGAUCCUGAUAGAGAGUGGGAACACAAGGAAAGAGAAAAGAGAGAUUUGGAAAGAAGGGAAGAUCGAGAGCGAAAACAUAGACUAAAGAAGGGAAGGGAAGAACAAGAAAGACAUGGAGAAUAUAAGGAACAGUCUGGAAGGAGGAAAAGGGAACAGAGAUCUGUGCCUGAAUUUACAGAUGAAAGCAGAUUAAAGGGGAUUACGGGGAAUCAAGAAAAACCUGCAGGAACUCUCUCAGAAGAGGGUACAGGUAGACUUCAAUCAACAUGGCGCUCCAGUCAGGUCACAUUAAGCGAUGAUGAUUUGGUUGAAGGAGAGGAAAUUGUAAUGGAAAGCAAACCUGCUUUUGAAUCAUCAAACUAUGAAGAUGACUUUGAGGACUAUGAGGAUGACUUUGAGGAAGGGGAAUGUGAAGUGGAGGAGGAAGAGGAAGGUGAGGAAAAAGAACAAGAAAAGGAGGAAAUUCCAGCACGACAACGAGCUGAAAUUGAAGCAAUUCAAAAAGCAAUUACUGCAGAAAAUGAAAAGAUCAGUGCAACAUGGAUUAGAAGCAAUCAAAAGACAAAUGAGGAAGAACCAAAAAAAGAUUUUGAAGAAUCACAGUCUAGAGGACCUGUUCGUGGAACAUACAUUGAUUUUGUGGCAGCAAAGCAGCGGGAGAUCAGUUCUAAGGUGGCCUGUAAACAAAAAAAGCGCAGUGCAGAGCUUCUCAGACUGAUUGACUUGGAUUUCUCAGUUAACUUUUCAAUGCUUGAUCUGCCUCCAUUGAAUGAAUAUGAUGUGUACAUCAAAAGCUUUGGGCGCACAAAUACUAAACAGGCCUUUGUACAGAGCAACGAGGAUGAUGUGGACCAAGAUAUUCAAACAGAUGAAAUUGAAACAGUUGAUAAAUGGACGCAGCAUCCUGGAGAGGGUAGCCUGGUGUGCGGAGGGGCAAAUGUUAGUGAUACCUUUUCCUCUGAUUCAUUGAUUAAGAAUAUUGACUCUCAGAGACUGACCAACUUCCUAAGAUCGGCUUGUCAGGUAAUUGCGGUGUUGCUUGAAGAAGAUCAAGUGGAGGACCAAGCCAGUAAGAACAUUCAAUCAAAAGCAGCCAGUUUGUCAGUCAGUGACAGAUGCUCUCAGUUGAACACAAACAUGCCUUUUUUACAUGGUCGGGAGGUGUUAUGCUUACAUUUCUCACAGGUCCAAAGACAAACACUGCUUUCAGUUCACAGCCUUCCGAAAGAGCCUGGAAUGGUCCAAGUUGCCAGCUAUUACAUAAUCUGUGUUUGGAAUAUCUGGGAGCCAUCAUUUCCUCAGAAAGUCCUUAUCUGUGAAUCAGAGGUGCAGUGUUGUUGCUUUGGCCCAGGUAAUGUGUUAUCUGUGUUUGCUGGAACAGUGGAUGGUUCAAUAGUGGCCUGGGAUCUUCGUGAAUGCUCCGUUAUCCACUACAAUCUUCAGGUUGGAGGACAGGAAUGGACACUCAGAUUCCCAACGUUCACCACUGAUGGAAUUCUGACAGCUGCAAAUCACGCAUGUGCAGUGAAGGCUAUUGAUCCAGUAUCAUCUGCUUCCUAUGAUGAUUGUAUUGGGCUUUCACUCUUGACAUCCCAGCAAGGGAGUUCUGGACUGUCAUUUCAGCUGGCAUCACUUGAUGAAAGUGGUUUGCUUAAUCUGUGGGUUGUGGUUGAACUCCAAAAGGCAGACCUUGCUGGCUCUCUGACUGACUUAGGACUCAUCCCUGGUGGGAAGAUGAAGUUGAUCCACAGCUCUGCUAUUGACACAAUCAGCUUUUUCCCAAGAAACCUCUUGCAACUGGGACGUCCUCGGACACUGAGUAUCAAGUUUCUGCCAUCAGAUCCUAAUCAUUUCUUUAUUGGAACAGAUAUUGGUCUUGUCAGCCGUGGUACACGUCAUGGCUUGCAAGCAGCUCCUAGACUGUACAAACCUCAGACAAGUGGUGCUGGACCUGUUCAAGUCACUUGUAUUGACUUCUGUCAUUUUGGAAAAACAAUGUUCUUGGUUGGGUGUUCAGAUGGAACGAUUAGACUGCACUCCGUGACAAAAGAACGCCCCAUUUUGCAGUGGAAUGAAAGUACUCAGGGCAAUCCAAUCCAGAACUUGCUGUGGGCUUUAACACGACCUGGCAUGUUUUUUGUCCUUGACACAGCAUCUCACGUUUAUGUGUGGGAUUUGUUGCAAGAUGUUUCUAAGCCAGUCGCAGAGGAGAGUCUUCAGAAUGAUAGCAGAAUUGCAACCAUGGCCAUUCUAGGUGAUCCAGAGAAACCAAGUGCAUCUUCAGGUCUCAUGUUGGCAAAGCAAUCUGGAGCAAUUGAGAUGCAGUACCUACAGAAGAAGUGGUCAGAACCUCAUCUCAAUGAAUUGGAAACUUUGCACUAUCUUUUGCAGAAAACUGUGUAGAAUUGUGUACAGACCAUGGAAAGAAUUAUUCCAUAUAUUGAACAGUAAACAUGUCCACAGUUGGUUUGUAAAUGUAAAAAUUAUUAUAGAUUUUUGUAAAAGUUAUUUAUAAUUUUUUAAUUAUAGUAAAUAUUAAACAAAGCUAUAAAGUACUUAUAAAACAAA